AUGGAUCGUCAGAGAAACAUGGAUGUAAAUCAAGCGCUGGCCUUUUUUGAUGCCAUGCAGGAUGAUGGAUAUUCAGGAGAAGAGAGCUUUUUGACAGAUGAGGAACUAGAUUACCAGGAUGGUCUAGACCCCGCUGAAGAUCGUGAUAAUGAAGAAGACACCAGCCCACCCACCCAAGCCAGACAUGAAAGUUCCCAUUCUUCCGCUGAGGAGGGCCCUUCCACUUCUGCUGCAGCAUCCCAGCCUUCCACUUCUGCUGCAGCAUCCCAGCCUUCCACUUCUGCUGCAGCAUCCCAGCCUUCCACUUCUGCUGCAGCAUCCCAGCCUUCCACUUCUGCUGCAGCAUCCCAGCAGCUGCCAGGAAGUCAUGGACGACUGCAGUCACGAGGGAGAGCAUCCAGAUCCGGCAGCUUGAGGGGUCGACAGAGUCUUGAAUCCACUAGGUCGAGAUCUAGAUCACCACAGCCAGCAGCUCCAACUCCAUCAUGGAACAGUGAGAGUCAGCCAGACAUCCCUCCAGUGCCCAAAAGGUUUGUCCCAACAAGAAAGCCAGGACAUCAGCUUAGCCCCACAUCCAUAUACACACCAUUGGACCUUUUCAAACUUUUUGUCAGUGACAGUGCGGCAACCACUUUGUGUAAUAACACAAACACAAACGCUGCAAAAAACAUUGCCAGUGGCAAAAAGUAUUCCUGGAAAAACUUCACUGUUGAAGAAUUUUUCAAAUAUUUAGGACUGACUUUCUUUUUUGCACUGGUGAGACUGACAAAUAUCCGGGACUACUGGAGGACAAAUACCAUUUUCAGCCAACAGUUUCCCCACUCAGUGAUGGCACGUGACAGGUAUCAGGUCAUUUCCUGGAACAUCCACAUGAGCGACCCUGAUGAAGAUGUCCACAACGACCGGAAGAGAGGGACACCAGCUUAUGACCGGCUGUUUCGUCUGAAGCCCCUUUUAGAUGACAUCAAACAUACAUGCAGAGCAUUUUAUCACCCACGGCAGAACCUUUCAGUGGACGAGAGGAUGGUGGCAACAAAGGCUCACACUGGCAUGACCCAGUAUAUGAAGGCGAAGCCAACAAAGUGGGGCUUCAAACUUUUUGUGCUGGCAGACAGCAGCAUUGGGUACACUUUAGACUUUGCUGUAUACACGGGGAAGUCUGUGUUUGCUUCUGGUGUAGGACUGGCAUACGACUCGGUUAUGUCCCUCAUGAACAAAUCAUCCCUAGGGAGUGGCUACAAUGUGUAUGUAGACAACUUCUACACAAGUCCAAAGCUAUUCAUGGAUCUCUACAGCAUGAACUUUGGAGCAUGUGGCACCUACAGGGACAACAGACGAGGAUGCCCACGCACAACCACAAAUGCCAUGACCAAAAAGGAUCCUAGGGGCACCAUCAGGUGGAUCCGUGACGGCCCUCUGGUUUUUGUAAAGUGGAUGGACACUCGGGAAGUCUCUGUCUGCUCCACAAUUCACCCGGCCUUCUCUGGCAACACAGUUCAGAGAAGGGUAAGAACUCAGGAUGGAGGCUGGUACACCAAAUCCAUUCCAUGCCCAACCCCUGUCACUGAAUACAACAAGAAUAUGGGAGGUGUUGAUCUUUCUGAUCAACUCAUCCAAUACUACUCAGUUCACCAUAAAACUAUGAGAUGGUACAGGACAUUGUUUUUCCAUUUUUUGGACAUUGCUGUGACCAACAGUUACUUACUUCACAAGGAAGUUUGUGCAGAGAAGCAGCAACAGCCCAUGACCCACAAGGCUUUUCUGGAGGAGCUGACAGCCCAACUCUGUGGUGUUACAGUUGCUGUUCCCCCCACCCAGCAACAAAGUGACCAUGUACCUGUGCCAACAUCAGACCAAACUGAAACCAGCAAGAAGGCCUCCUAUGGUAGAAGGCAAUGUGUGAACUGCAAGCAGACAAGGCAGGUCAAACAGGCCACCCCCUGGAAAUGCAAAGCCUGUGAUGUGGCCCUCUGUGUGAUUGCUGAUAGGAACUGUUUUGAGGCUUGGCACCAGUGA